CCAUCUUGCUUGUGAGAUUUUGACCAUGUCUGGAAGAGGAAAGGGCGGUGGGAAAGCUCGCGCCAAGGCGAAGUCUCGGUCGUCCCGGGCUGGCCUGCAGUUCCCGGUGGGCCGUGUUCACAGGCUCCUGAGAAAGGGUAACUAUGCUGAGCGUGUGGGUGCCGGAGCGCCGGUCUAUCUGGCUGCGGUGCUGGAGUAUCUGACGGCUGAAAUCCUGGAGCUGGCCGGCAACGCGGCCCGGGACAACAAGAAGACCCGCAUCAUCCCCAGGCACCUGCAGCUGGCCGUGCGCAACGACGAGGAGCUCAACAAGCUGUUGGGAGGGGUGACCAUCGCUCAGGGCGGGGUGCUGCCUAAUAUCCAGGCCGUGCUGCUGCCCAAGAAAACCGCCGCUGCUGCAUCUGCUAAAAGGUGAAGAGUAUUCUUGAAUCUGACAACCCAAAGGCUCUUUUCAGAGCCACUCACAGCAUCUGUGAAAGGAGUUACACUGUCAUCUCUGCCGGAUUUAUUUUACUUUUAAUGUGGAGAAGCUUGAACUUUGAACCUGAGAUCAGUCAAUUACUAGCGCCUUAUUAUUGAAUACUUGUGAAUGGAGAUAUUGAUGUUGGACUAUGGUGUAUAAAGUUAAAAAUCACGCAACACCAGCUUAUAACCCAACACUUUAAUUUCUAUGCACUAGCUUUCGGUGCUUUCAUCACGUUCGUAGAAUAUAAGAUCGUAAGACAAUUUUUCACAAAAGUUUAGUGUUUGAUGUAACUCAAAUCAUAUUCAAAAAGACCAUGGUGGUUUCAGUUCUUGUAAAUCGCAGAACAUCUAAAAGUUACAUUCUUAAGUGAACUUGAACAACUGUUGUCAGGUGUCAGGAACCUGAACAACAACACGUUGGUUCAGAUAAUGCCUUUAAGGUGUAAGCUGCCCUGAGUGAGACUAUCUGUGCCACAAUGGUCAGACUGAUUCUAAUCUUUUAAAAAAUGGAUUUACAGAAUCUCACUUGGAUUCAUACAGCUUUUGAGCGAAGUACACACAGACACUCACGGAGAACCCUCUCUCAUACGCUCACAUAUACUGUCCCUCACUCAGGCAUGCACCCUCUCACAGACAUACGCGUAUACUCCUUUACACUCGCACACGCACUCAUAAACCCCCCCCGGCAAAAACGCACAUGGUGAAUUUGUGCUUGCCGAACGAGAAAUAUCCCCGAUCGGGUUUGACUUUGGUUUCAUAUUCCUUUCAACUGCAUCAGGAAGAGCUGAAUUGACUCAGUGCAAUAAGUAAACAAUCGAUAUAGCGGCCCCUAUCUCUCUGCGCUUUGUUCACUAGUGUGUUCAUAGAC